CAUGAACCGCACAACACACAAACUCAUAAACCCUAGCUAGCUUUUGCAAUUUAAUUAAUUUGCUAUUGGAUAUUCGUACCAUCAUCGAUGGAGCUUCGAGUUCUGAUAGCCCUUUUCUUCGUUCCUCUUCUCUUCUCCACAACCGUUUUAGGGUAUGAUCACUUAGAGGUCCAAUCUUGGUGCAAGAAAACACCCAAUCCAGGACCUUGUGAAUAUUUUUUAAGCCAUGAGCCACAAAACAUUCCCAUCAAACAAGAAUCUGAUUUUCUCAAAAUUUCGAAGCAACUAGCCUUAGAGCGUGCCCUGCAUGCACAAGCCCAUACGUACUCAUUAGGCAAAAAGUGCAGAAAUGAGCGAGAAAAGGCUGCAUGGGCAGAUUGCCUCGAGCUUUAUGAAUACACAGUUCUUUGGCUCAACCAAACCACUACUAGCAAAUGCUCAAAAUAUGAUGCACAAACAUGGCUAAGCACAGCUCUAACCAAUUUAGAAACGUGUAAAACCGGGUUCGAGGAGCUUGGAGUGUCUGAUUAUAUUUUGCCCUUAAUGUCGAAUAACGUGUCGAAGUUAAUUUGCAAUACUUUGGCUCUUAACAAAGUACCAUACACUGAACCAAGUUACAAAGAGGGUUUCCCUACAUGGCUGAAACCUGGUGACCGGAAACUUUUGCAGUCAACUUCACCUGCUUCGCAAGCUAAUAUUGUGGUGGCACAAGACGGGUCAGGAAAUUACAAGACAAUUAAUGAAGCAGUUGCUGCAGCCUCAAAAAGGUCAGGAACUGGAAGGUAUAUAAUAUAUGUGAAAUCAGGGACAUAUAAAGAAAAUGUUCAAAUAGGCAAAAGUUUGAAGAACAUCAUGUUUGUUGGAGAUGGUAUUGGAAAAACUAUUGUUACAGGAAGCAAAAGUGUUGGAGGAGGUGCCACUACCUUUAAUUCAGCUACCUUUGCGGUUGUUGGUGACGGAUUUAUUGCUCGCGACAUGACAUUUAGAAACACUGCUGGCCCGCAAAACCAUCAAGCAGUAGCACUCCGAUCCGGGGCUGAUCUUUCUGUGUUCUACAAAUGCAGUUUCGAAGGGUAUCAAGACACUCUCUAUGUUCAUUCCCAAAGACAGUUCUAUAGAGAAUGUGACAUUUACGGAACUGUAGAUUUCAUCUUCGGUAACGCUGCGGUUGUUCUCCAAAACUGCAAUAUUUACCCGCGCAAUCCCCCUAAUAAGACCAACACUCUUACUGCUCAAGGCAGGACUGACCCUAACCAGAACACUGGAAUUUCAAUUCAUAACUCUAGAGUUACAGCCGCUUCCGAUUUAACACCCGUUCAAGGCUCGGUCCGGACAUAUCUUGGAAGACCAUGGAAACAGUAUUCCAGAACUGUUUUUAUGAAAACAUAUCUUGAUAGUUUAAUUAAUCCAGCAGGUUGGAUGGAAUGGAGCGGUAAUUUUGCUCUUGAUACUCUAUACUAUGGCGAGUAUAUGAACACUGGUCCUGGCUCAUCUACUGCUAAUAGAGUUAACUGGAAAGGCUAUCACGUCAUUACCAGUCCAACCGAAGCUUCACAGUUUACUGUUGGAAAUUUCAUUUCAGGAAAUUCUUGGUUGCCGGGGACUAAUGUUCCAUUUACUUCUGGCCUUUGAUUCGUUUCAUUUUUAAUUGUAUGUAUGUAUAUUUCGUCAUUUGAUUCAGUUCCUUUAUGGCACUAAAAUAAGGAAAAUUCCAUCGCCGAGGAAGGAAGAAAUAAUUAAUUAAGGUGUAUAACAUUGUUUAAUGUUUGUGGAACUGUAAGUUGAGGAAAAAAAAAAACCAUUAAUAUACUGAGUUUUUAUAUUAUUCUUAA